CAGUCUGCACAGUGCACUCUGCAAUCAGUCUUGACUCUUGAUUCUACAUUUUGAAUGUAUGAAAUUUGUCUGAUUAAAAAUUAAAAAUAAUCUUUCCUUAAAAAAUUUAAUUCACUCGAUUGCAAGAGUACUUCUAAAUAUUUUAUUAAUAAUAUUCUUUGUUACACAAUGUCGGAGAAACACUUAAAGAAAGGAGAUGCCUUGCCACCGUACAAUGGCAAAUUACGGUUAUUUGCUAUGAGAUUUUGUCCCUACGCAGAACGAAGUAUCUUGGUUUUAAAUGCCAAAAAGUUACAGUAUGAUUUAGUUCAUAUUGAUCUGGAUAACAAACCAGAGUGGAUUUUCAGCUUUAAUCCUAAAGGUACAGUGCCAAUUUUGGAAUAUGAAGAAGGAAAAGCUAUAUUUGACAGCAGCAUUAUUAAUGCCUAUCUCGAUGAGAAAUAUCCUGAUCCACCCCUACAAUCUUCAGACCCGCUGCAACGGGCACAGGACAAGAUAGUUGUAGAGCUUCUAUCUAGUGCUCACUCAGCAUAUUAUACUGCAGCAUUUAACGCCCAAGCUUUAACUUCAGAGUCUUUAGAGACAUACCACCGUGGUCUUGAAGUUUUGCAAAAGGAAGUAGAAGCUAGAGGCACUACAUUCCUAGGUGGUGAUAAACCUGGCUUGGUGGAUUAUACUGUUUGGCCAUUUUUGGAGCGCUUUUUGUCACUUCCUCAUUUGGGCAAACCCGAAUUUGCUAUUAGUGAGGAUAAAUAUGGUGCAUUAUUGAAAUAUAUGGAGUCAAUGAAGAAUGACCCUCCAAUCAAGGCCUACACUUUGGCUCCUGAAACCCACGCCAAGUACACCGAAUCUCGUGUAAAGGGUACACCGGACAAUAACAUGCUGGACACUAGUGAUGUCUGCUGCUUCCGUCCACGUAAGAAGAAGGAAUGAAAUGCUUCCAGAAAUUCAUAUUCCUAAAGUUGUAAACAUUUUAAUCUCGUGCAAUAAAGUACAAUUUCUAAA